GCGCAGUUGAUCCUUUGUCUAACCCACACGCAUGUCUUGAAACCCAUUCAAGGACCGCUAGAAACCCUUUGGCAAGACUAUUUAUAGAUAUUGACUUGCUACAACAAAGCUAUUCUACCAAAGUAUGGGUUUCUUUCAGACAGCUAUCCCAAUAAUUGAGCGGUGAACUCUCUCUUCGAAUCGCGAGCAUCUAGAUUCUCUGAUUGAACUAACAUUGUAUCUUCCCUUAAGCUUUUUACUCGUUUCUUCUCAUUUUUCAAUUGAAAUGCCCGGAACAAUCACGGCAAUAGCGUAUGCAAGGGCGGCUCUCGUAUUAGUUGCGCUAUCGCUACUCAUAACGCGGGAGGCGUUGGCAAUUUGGCGACCACCAGCUCUGUCGCCGGAGAUGACGGCGGGUAAUCCUACCAACAUAGUCCUUAAACCUCAGGCACUCACAAGCCACGACAUCCACUCAGCUAUAUGUACUGAUAUAGCUGCCAAUGUCACAUUGGAGCACGACAUGACGUGCUAUGCCCUCAAGGCGGACGAGAAACAGUCUAAUUAGGUAAUGGUCGCUCGGCCUAGGUUACCACACGGUGAUACCCUUUUGCCUGUUCAUAGAAUAUCACAAUACGAAUCAUAUGAAUAGGUACCUAUGCAAAGAGUGUAGUGGUAUUUUUUGUGAGAAUACUCUACAGAUUUAAAACCACAGUUCAAUCU